AUGUCUGGCGCGAGGACAAAGACGGGUUGUUGGACAUGCCGGUUGCGACGGAAGAAGUGCGAUGAGGGUCUCCCGGCAUGUUCGAGCUGCAUAUCCCGGGACCUUUACUGCUAUGGGUAUGGUGAGAAGCCUGCCUGGAUGCUUAGCAAGGGGAACUGGCAGCAAGUUCUCGACUCGGACGAAGCCAAGGCCAUCCGGAAGGGUGCCGAGAGGGCUUACACCCGCCGCAGACAGAGAAGGCUGCACGCUGGCCCUGCAUCAGAGGCAGUCAGUGUCCUUGUGCAGGACCUGGGGGAACCAGCUCAGCCACAUGCACCCUCGGAUAUGGUCACUAGUCCUGACCGCACGUGGUCCAAUUGCGCCCAGACGCUGCGAGACUGCGACUACUCGCCGGACUACCAGUCCGUGCAGACCUUUCUGGAAGUGAUCUUUCCACUCCAGUGGGGCUUCUUCAACCUCCACCGGCAGCCCAGCCGCAGAUGGCUUUUCGAUAUGAUCGUUGCCUCCGAGCCUCUGUACCAUGCGUCUUGCGGACUGCGUAUCUCGUUCGAAUCGGGGGUCCAGUCUGGCGAUACGAGCGGCCGCUGCCAAGUCACGCCAGCAGUUCGAUCAUCGCGGAUGCUGGCGAUGCGAGGGCUCCAGCCGUACCUCGCCGACAUUGGGCAGGACCCCCUGAAUGACACUUUACUCCGAAAGGCAACGCAAGCAAUCGGGGUCAUCCUGCUGCUGUCGAGUCUAGAGGUGUUUGGAGAAACUGAAGGGGCCUGGGAGGUCCAUCAGAAUGCUGCCGGAUCAGUCCUGGAUUUGAUUGAGGCGAACCUGGCUCCGGCCACCAAGGCUGCUGGUGAUAUCGGCCCCAUAGGCGAGCUGCUCGCAAGUCCGACGCCGUCCUUCGAGAUCCGGGCCCUGGACUUUUUCGUCGUCACCUAUGUGUGGACCGACAUCUUCGCAGAAGCUACUCACGGCGAGACGUACAGUAAGCCUCGGAAAUUCGACUACAUCCCACUGCUCCAGAGCAACCUCAUCGACGCUCGAAGCAUCAUGGGCUGCCGCAACUCGGUCAUGACUGCCAUCAAAGAAGUGAGCAUGUUUGCUGCUUCGUUAGAACAGAAACAAAAAGACGAUGCGGUCGACGCAGGGAUUGCUUUGGCUUCUCAUAUCCAGGCUUUGAUACAGGAGGCAACCUGCUCCUUCGACGUCUCAUCAAAAGGCCCCGAGGCUGACAGCAAGUGGGUGACGCUUCUCCACGCACAUGCUGCUCUGGUGUAUCUGCACACAGUCGCCGCCCACGCAUCUCUAGACCUCGGAUUCGACAUGCAAGAAACCGUGCUCGCCUGUGUUGAGCUGCUGGAGGCACUCCCCUAUCGACUGUUUAUCCGGGUCUGCUGGCCGUUCACAGUCACGGGCUGCAUGGUCGAGGAGGCACAUCAGCCCAGGUUUCGAGCCAUGCUUGAGCGCGUAGAAGCUGCAGGGCAUGUAUUGGGCUUCACUUGGAAGGGCCUGAUGGUCAUGGAGGAAUGCUGGCGACUCCGGCGAUCCAAGCCGGAGAGUCUGUGGUGCUGGCGGACGACUGUAAAGCACAUGCAGGCGCGGAUACUGCUGAUCUGA